AUGUCCGAACAACCACAACCACAACGCCCUUCAGUCUCCCAACACGCCUCGUUCCAGAGCGGCGUCAACCUGAACCCUUCCGGCUCAUCUUAUCUGCGACAGAGGCCGCUGGGACGAGCUGCGACGCUUGCUGACACCGGAAGUCCUCUCAAUUUCCGGCGCAAUUCUUCUGCCCUCUCCGAUACAGUCUCCGAAGCCAGACAGUCCCUUCGAGACUCCACCGACGACAUCCUCUUCCCACGCGCGAGCAAGGGAGAGAAUGUAGUACCGCACCAUGACGACUCCAACUGGGAAUCGGCGCCUCUGGCCCUAGCGUUGUUACCUGCAGUGGGUGGGCUAUUUUUCCAGAAUGGAAGCGCCUUUGUGACCGAUGCGACACUGCUGAUUCUAGCCGCCAUUUUCCUGAACUGGUCGGUUCGAUUACCAUGGAAUUGGUAUCGAUCCGCCCAGGAAGUCUACCGACAGUCUACGGAUGAAUACCUCGAGGAUAUCAACGAGGAAGAAAACGAAGGAGACGAGAACUCAAAAUCAGAGGAACCGAAAACCUCGGCUCGAAAUAAGAUAUCUUCUGCGUCUCACGCAGCCACAAAGGAGCUACAUCGACACGAACUGGCUGCUCUGGUUUCAUGCUUCGUGUUUCCGCUAAUCGGGGCGUGGCUGUUGCACACGAUCCGAGGCGCCCUCUCGCGUCCAUCUGAAGGACUGGUGUCCAACUACAACCUGACAAUCUUUCUUCUCGCGGCUGAAAUCCGCCCCUUUGCGCACCUGCUGCGCAUGGUUCAAGGCCGAACCCUCUACUUGCAACGGGUGGUGGCCGCGCCUGCGUCCGAGGACGACGAGAAAAUCAAUGAGCGCCAAAUUCUAGAUCUAACCAGACGCCUUGAAGAGCUCGAAGCACACGUGGCCGACAAAGCCAUUGCCGGUUCAUCGCACAACAAUUCGGGUGGCAUUACAUCCCAGGGCCAGGCCGACUCGCAAGAUGCAGUCGCACAGGCCGUGGCAGACGUCCGCAAAGCGAUCCAGCCAGAACUCGACGCUCUCAGCCGAGCCAUCAGACGUUACGAGAAGCGGACAACCCUUAUUUCCGUGCAAACAGAUACUCGAUUGAAUCAACUAGAAACACAAGUCGGCGAUGCGAUGGCCCUGGCCGCAGCCACUCAGCGCUCGGUUUCUGACCGACAUCAAACUUUUGCCUUUGUUCUGCUGGAUUGGAUAGCUGCGAUUGUUGUUAUACCGACCCAGGUGAUGAUUCAGCUUCUGAAUCUGCCAACUCGGGCCGUCUCGUGGUGUCUUUAUAACGUCAAAGUGCUCGUCAUCGGUCAUAAAAAACCGCGCAAAACCAAUAAGGGGAAAAAACCCGUGACUCGAACAGAGUCCAGCCGCCGACGCACUGCUCCGAUGACAAAGGAGAGUGCUAUAUAA